AGUGUGAAGCCGUUGCCUUCGAACCGCCUGUCUCUGUAUCUAGCUAUUAGCUUUAAAAUGUUCAUUCAUUUCCUUCAGAUAUCAAUUUUGCAAUCUUUGGAAAGAGAUAACAUGCUUUAACUUUAAUACGAGGAUUACAGUGAAAAACAUCUAUCAAAAGAUUUCCGACAAAGUAGGUUGCUGAGUUCCUCUGCGGACAGUGGGACGAUGUGCUUCUGAGAGACACUUGAUCACAUGGCUCCUCCUCUCCUGCGUUGACCCCAUGGUUUAACAACCAGGAUUAAAAAUGAGCAUUAGCAGUGAUGAGGUCAACUUCCUGGUCUACAGAUACCUGCAAGAGUCAGGCUUCUCCCACUCAGCGUUCACCUUCGGCAUCGAGAGCCACAUCAGCCAGUCCAACAUCAAUGGGGCCCUGGUUCCCCCGGCAGCCCUGAUCUCCAUCAUCCAGAAGGGCCUGCAGUACGUGGAGGCCGAGGUCAGCAUCAACGAGGAUGGCACUCUGUUCGACGGGCGGCCCAUCGAGUCGCUGUCCCUGAUCGACGCGGUGAUGCCCGACGUGGUGCAGACACGGCAGCAGGCCUACCGGGAGAAGCUGGCCCAGCAGCAGGCGGCCGGGGUGGGCAGCACCAGCGGCACCCAGGGAGCCCAGCCCGGUGGAGCCAAGAAUGGGGACGGGGGGACCGCGGCCAAUGGGGAGGAGAACGGAGCCCACGCCUUAGCCAACCACCACGGAGAGAUGAUGGAGGUGGACCGGGAUGUGGAGAUCCCCCAGAACAAGGCCAUGGUUCUGAGAGGCCACGAGUCUGAGGUUUUCAUCUGUGCCUGGAACCCUGUCAACGACCUGCUGGCCUCGGGGUCUGGGGACUCGACGGCACGGAUCUGGAACCUGAGUGAGAACAGUACGGGCAGCUCCACCCAGCUGGUCCUGAGACACUGCAUACGGGAGGGAGGCCAGGAUGUCCCCAGCAACAAAGAUGUCACCUCACUGGACUGGAAUAGUGAGGGAACGCUACUAGCCACAGGCUCUUACGACGGCUUUGCCAGAAUAUGGACUAAAGACGGUAACCUGGCCAGUACCUUGGGCCAGCACAAAGGACCUAUAUUCGCCCUCAAAUGGAACAAGAAGGGCAACUUCAUCCUCAGUGCGGGUGUGGACAAGACCACGAUAAUCUGGGACGCCCACACCGGGGAGGCCAAGCAGCAGUUCCCCUUCCACUCGGCGCCGGCCCUGGACGUGGACUGGCAGAGCAACAACACCUUCGCCUCCUGCAGCACCGACAUGUGCAUCCACGUCUGCAAGCUGGGCCAGGACCGGCCCGUCAAGACCUUCCAGGGUCACACGAACGAGGUCAACGCAAUCAAGUGGGAUCCCACAGGGAGUCUCCUGGCUUCCUGCUCCGACGACAUGACGCUCAAGAUCUGGAGUAUGAAGCAGGACUCGUGUGUCCACGACCUGCAGGCCCACAGUAAGGAGAUCUACACCAUCAAGUGGAGCCCGACAGGUCCGGGCACCAGCAACCCCAAUGCCAACCUGAUGCUGGCCAGCGCCUCGUUUGACUCUACGGUGCGUCUGUGGGACGUGGAGCGCGGCGCGUGCAUCCACACCCUGACGCGGCACCAGGAGCCCGUCUACAGCGUGGCCUUCAGCCCCGACGGCCGGCACCUGGCCAGCGGCUCCUUCGACAAGUGUGUCCACAUCUGGAACACGCAGACGGGGGCGCUGGUGCACAGCUACAGAGGCACGGGAGGCAUCUUCGAGGUGUGCUGGAAUGCCACGGGGGACAAAGUGGGAGCCAGCGCAUCGGAUGGAUCGGUUUGUGUGUUAGACCUGAGGAAAUGACCCUCGUCUGGGGGAGCCGUGGACCGACUGAGAAUGUGUACAUAGCCAAAAUGACUGUCCCUGCCUGUCGUCUGCACUGCUUAAGUCCCGUCAGAGCCAAUCGGCGCGCCCCCGCACCCCCAGAGACACUCGGACCAACCCCCGGCCACAGGGCUGUGGCCCCCUCGUACACUGACUGGCCCGCGGGGGAGGGGGUACAGGACUAUAGCACGGUCACUGAGAGAAACUAUCAUCCCACACCAAGAGGACCCAUUACAUACAUACCAAAAUGUCAGCAGUUUUUCCUUUCACAUAUUUUCUUAUUUUUUUUACAUUUUUCCUUUCUCCGGUUAAUUUUCUCUUUUUUUUUUUUUUUUUUUUACCAGAAAUAAGAAAUGUUUGGCUGUUUUCCCCUCACGUUGUUGGUGUGUGCAUAUUGUACACACUGACAUUGUUUGUUGUACUGUGGCCACAUUUUUGGCGUUUUUAGGUUUUACCUUUUUUUUUGCCGUAGGUGUUACAUGUUUAAGGGAAGAGGUCAGCAGGUUUUUGGGUGAUCAUUUACCACUGGGGUUUGGAACUGAAAACAUGGCACAACAAGUGGAGUUUGAAACAUUGACACUGGUUUGUUUCCAAUUCGAAUUGUUGUUCUGUUUUCAGUUUGCCAAAAUAUUUUUAGCGUGGAGGAAAGGUGCCCCACACAUUUGUCUUCUUUACUUUUAAAACGACUAGGUGUGCAAAACUGCUAGGUUGACCAAUCUGGGAAUAAAAUAAAUAAAUGUUUGGACUUAAGAUCAUCACUGCAGCUACUACAAGCCAGAGUGUCUUGUACUCUUUUUUGUGUAAGGGAUGGGUAAGGCAGUGAUUUUUCACACCUCCGAGGAUCCCAAGAUACUUCACAGUUUUGCUGUAGCCCUGAAAUAGCUCACCUUGUUCACCUAAUUUUGUUCAGUGUGUGAGUAGUUGACGAUGGGAAUAGCUCUGGCAUAGUUUGAAGAACCUGUGGAUUCUGGGAAGUUGCCACAGACUUCCCUAAUGAUGAAGGCUGGGAUUGGUGCCGUAAAGGGGAGUUGUUUGUCGUGUCUUUGGGAUGGAAGGCAGUGAAAGGGUCAUCUCUCAAAUUUUUACAGAAUUCCUGGUGGGAAAAUUCCAUAUUUCUUGCUUAUUCCUUCCUGAUACCAAGAACCCGGCAACAGUUUUUUCAAGAAAAACAGGGAGUUAAUUAUUCUUGGAAUUUUUGCAAAAAAAGCUUUGGGUAGUUCAUGAAUAAAUAAACAGGACCUGACAACCCCAUACAAAGCCACACUACUCUACAGCAGAGUGCUGUUUAGUACGGCUAAAUGUUUUACAGCUGUAAUCUAUGGUUUUCCCUUGGGGCAUGUUUAGUCAGAACCAACCCCCUGCAGUAUGUCAUCUUCUUACUGAACACUAGUAAUGUACUUUAAUUGGUCGUUAGAAUGUUCCCAUUAACAUCCUUAUGCUGUGCAAUUCACGACCUGUUCCUCCACAAGUCAUUGCAUGCUAAGCUAACCAGUGCUAAAUGAUAAUCAGACUAGGCCAUUGUUCAGUCCGCUUGCUUUUUGUUGCCUGGUUUUUGCCUUGAAUCUGGAAUUUUCUGAAUUGGUCGGUCACGCUUUGUGUUUAGAGGCGUACGGUAACAUUCAUAAACGUUCCCGGUCUAUCCAAAGGAGUGCUGUCAUUUUCUCCCGACAUCCUACUCCCAUCUCAUUUAACAUGGUAACACUAGGCAAACCUGUUGCAUUUUGUCAUGAUAAACAAAAUGUUUCUUUUCAUUGAACGUUGAUGUACGUGUCUGUGCAACGGACCCCUAUGUGUGUUUAAGUGGUCUACUCUGAUGUCAAAGUUCGCCGGGGGCGGGGUUUCAGAGCGCCCCCUCCCCAGGGAUGGUCUGACAUGAGAUUUGGCCAUGUUCCAAGACUACUUCCAUGUCUGAUGCACUUUGAUUUUUGGAGAGAACGGUUGGACGGUGUUCUGUUUCAGAAACCUGCUGGCUGUUCUAGUGUGUUCAUUUAAUUCCCUGUUCCAUCACUCGGUCACAGGCUGGGUUCCGGCCUCAGUAUGGAGAGGUGACGCUUUUUUUUGUGGAGUUCAGAAGGUGCCGUUCCCCCCCCCCCUCCUCCCUAAGCCAGUGUUGUUGUUUUUUUUUUCUAGGCAGGGUAUUGUUGAGAUGAAAAGCUGACUUUGGAAAAUAUGACUUGAUGUAACAGUUUAACUACAUAUAAUAUAUCACAGGGAUUCUUUUAUAUGCCACUCAUAUGCGAGGGUGGUUUUUAAAAAUUCAGUGUAACUCGAAGACGCGCUUAGAAAAUGUGGUAUUCUUAUGCAUCAUGUGGGUCUUGUACCAUAAGAAAAUGGUUCUUUUAUAAAAUACCAUUAAACGGUCAUAGCUGUCGAAGAAAAGAUCAGCCCAGUGACUGGGUUUGUAAAAGUUCUUUAUUUUCUGCACUUUAGAUUAAUGAGAAACAGGGAUGUGUGUUCAAACCGUUUUUGGUUGGCUCAAUUUUGAUUCAUUCCCUUAAGUCGACUUCCAAUAUAAGAGAAUGUUAAAAAUAAAAAAAAUCUGGAAAAUGAAAUAUAACAUUCUUAGUAAAUUUCCUGAAGUUGACCCCAAAACAGGUUGGUACAAUCCUGACGGAGGAGAAAACCAUGCUCUUAGUUUCCCAGCUGGACGUGUGCGGUUGUUUCGUCGAUUAAGCCUGGAUGAAUAGUAGUCUACGGUUGACCAGUUGGGUACACAUGGGAUCCCUGUCAACUGUUGACCAGCUGGGGACCCAUGGGAUCCCUGUCAACUGUUGACCAGCUGGGGACCCAUGGGAUCCCUGUCAACUGUUGACCAGCUGGGGACCCAUGGGAUCCCGGUCAACUGUUGACCAGCUGGGGACCCAUGGGAUCCCGGUCAACUGUUGACCAGCUGGGGACCCAUGGGAUCCCGGUCAACUGUUGACCAGCUGGGGACCCAUGGGAUCCCGGUCAACUGUUGACCCGCUGGGGACACAUGGGAUCCCGGUCAACAGUUGACCAGCUGGGGACCCAUUGGAUCCCGGUCAACUGUUGACCCGCUGGGGACCCAUUGGAUCCCGGUCAACUGUUGACCCGCUGGGGACACAUGGGAUCCUGGUCAACUGUUGACCCGCUGGGUUCCCAUGGGAUCCCGGUCAACUGUUGACCAGCUGGGGACACAUGGGAUCCCGGUCAACUGUUGACCCGCUGGAUACACAUUGGAUCCCGGUCAACUGUUGACCAGUUGGGUACACAUUGUAUCCCGGUCAAAUGCACGGCAUUCCAAAGUAUCAUCUUAGUCUUUAGGUAAAAUCCUUUGGCUUUAAAACACCCACGUUAUUUGUUUCUUUCCGAGGCUUCCUUUGACAUUUUCGUUCAGAUUGUGACUUGUUUUACAAACUGAUUUUGUACAGAAGCUAGAGUAUUUUGAUGUUUUCUUUAAUGUAAUCAACAAUGAGUGGACUGUACCAUUAAGACUAUUUAUUAUGAAGUCUAUGACAGUGGAAUGGUAUUUUAUACAUUUUUUUAGCAGCUUUUUACACUGCAUUCAAGUGUUUUAUUUUUUGUUCCUUCCUAAAGUACUAAUUCUAUCUUUGCUAUGUCUAAAAAGCCCUUGAAGGUUUUGUACUCUUUGAAAACUUUUAUAAUUCUGAUUUUAUUUGUAGGUGUGUAUGCAAAAAUGAACAAAAAACAAUAAAUCUCAACUUCAACGCAGACGUGUCAUGGCACCCUGGGCCAUGUAAAUACCUGAUUGACGAUUUAUUUUUAUUUUGGGGGGGGGGGGGGGGUUCUGUUGCAGUCUUUGUCCUCAGCCACGUUAUGUUCUCUCACUCAUUUGGUUGCUGAGGCUCUCAGCAACCUAAGCAUCUGACUGUUGUAAUAUCACUCAGAUCUUUGAAACGUCUAGAAUAAAAUCUAUUUUGAUAAUA